AGAAAGAAAAGAAGAGAACUAGAAAUAACAGAAAAGCAUGGGAGUAAAUAAGAACAAGUAGAAGGGCAAUAUGGAAAAUGGUGGGAAUGUUUAUCUUAUUCUUGGCAGCAAAAACACAAAAUAAAGCAGAGAUUCUCCAUAUCUACAUACAAACAAAUAAAAAAGGUAAAUAAGAAGCAGCUUCUUCUUCAUCAGACGAAUACGAUGACAAGGAAACGCAGCAUCAGCAUCCAAUACGAAAUCAUGAACACGAACCCUCUCUCGGAAGCGGAGUUGCUCCUCGCUCUCACCCCCUCCGAUUCCAAGAAGCUCAGGAGGCUCCCUCACGUGUUCAGCAAGGUGCUCCAGCUCCCACUCUGCUCCGAUGCUGACGUGUCCGUUGAGGAAUGGCCACACUGCUUCCGAUUCGUGGCCGACGCACCGGCAGGCAUCGCUACUGUUGAAGCUUCCACCUUCCGCCUGCACCCUGGGAUUACCAAGCUUGUCGUCAGGGAUUCUCAAACUGAUUUCACGGAAUUGUCCUUUGAUGAGUUCGACCUCCACCUUGACGUGUGGCGGUUCCGACUACCAGAAUCCACGUGUCCGGAGAUGGCCACUGCUAUCUUGCUUGAUGGACAGCUCAUCGUUACGGUGCCCAAACAUCAACGUGGUGUUGAUGACAAUAGAGCCAUGGUGGAUGCUGGAACAUUUGUGCUUGUAAACUGAUUAUUGGUACUUAUUAGUUCGCUUUUUGUUGCUUUAAGACUCGACAACUGUUGUUGUUGUUGUUUUUUUUUUUUUUUUUUUUUUUUUUUUUCA